UUUCAGGAAUGGUCGGUUGAUGCUCCUUUUCCCUCCCUCCCGGGGACUUCCGCUUCCGGUUCUGACGGCUGCUUCGCCUGUAACGAUGAUCGGAGACAUCCUGCUGUUCGGGACGCUGCUGAUGAACGCUGGGGCCGUGCUCAACUUUAAAUUGAAGAAGAAGGACGCGCAGGGCUUUGGGGAAGAAUCGAGGGAGCCCAGCACAGGUGACAACAUCCGGGAGUUCUUACUGAGCCUCCGAUACUUCCGGAUCUUCAUCGCCCUGUGGAACGUCUUCAUGAUGUUCUGCAUGAUCGUGCUCUUUGGCUCCUGAGCUGAGAGGCGGAACCAGAACUCACCUGCCCGGAUGUGGAAUCUGCCUUUCCUGUUCCCGAUGACUUCAAGGGUGUUUUUAAAGUAAACCAGGGCCGUCCCAGCAGCCCCAGCUCGCGGUGGGUGGAGCCGUCCUCCCCAGCCUGGAGCUCCUGCCUGGAGGAAGGUCUCGGAAGGCCUGCAUCGCAGCAACUUUGCCGCCGGGAGCAGGUGUAGCGGCCUGUCUCAGAUUUGGGACCAUCCUUGGUUUGGUUUUCAUAACCUCCCUUCUGGUCCAAGUUGUUCUGACUCACAAAUCCUGGGAGCACCUGAGCAGAAGCGUUGCCGCCUGCGAGCCGGAGGAAGCCUCUUUCUGGCAGCGUCUGUGGCUGUGGGUCACGAGCCAAGCACUGGGUGUGAUGGGCGGCAGGUUCGGCCCAAGGCGCCCUCCGCAUUCCCCUCAUGCCACCUGCUGCCGUGAGGUCACCUGUCACUGACUGACCUGUUAGGCGGCCAGGGGGACGUGGGCUUAUGUUGGAGGAAGGGGAGCACAGGAUGCUUGCUCCUGGUUGGUGGGGGUUCGAAAAUUUGCUUUGCUUUGAAUGGCUUUGUUAAAUAAAGGCACCCUGGGCGCCCUCGACUUACA